UUGGCUCACUUGACGGCAGUAAUCACGUCACUGCUACCAGCACGUGCAAAGGGCGACCGCCUCGCACGUACACAUCAGUAGAUAAAACCACCGUCGCGCUCAUCCGGGACGCAGGCCUGGGGGGAACUAACCCCCCCGGCUCCCGGGAGCCCUGGCACAGGAAGAGCCGGAGCCAGAAGGCCCUCCACACCGACAGCUGCUGGGACCAGCAGGUCGCAGGAAAGAGCCGGGCGCCCUCCCAGGGCGGGGCGGGGCCGCCUCAGACCCUGUGCUGUCGGCCUGCGGCCACGUCUCCCCGCGUUCUGGGCUGGGCAUUCGGCUGCACAGCCCCCGAGACACGGCGCUGCCUGUGGCAGGACUCGUCCCCGAGCCUGAGGUCAGGACACCACGGGCCGUCGUGUGGCGGGGGAAUGACCGAGGGUAGAGGUGAAGCUCGAACCUUACGUUCUCACGGUGCUCUGCGCACGGCAGCCCCUUUGAUCCCCACUUGCGUGAGGCAAUCACCACAGCCCCGAGGGGCAGGGAGCGGCUCUUAGCGUUUGCUUAACAGAUGUCGGGACUGUGGUUCAAGGUCAUGGUCUCCCCCAGCAGUGCCGAGUCAGCGUCCUGUCCCUCCAGCCUUGGGCAGUUCAGUGACACAGACGGUGUACGGUCCACCUUUUGGAAUUAGCUGUAUUCUGAAGAUUAUGGUUCCUGCCACCGUCAUUCAACCCAGGCAAGAAACAAUGAAAAAUGAGGGCGGUGCACGAGGACGCACAGUGCCAGGCACCAGCCCUGGCUGGAGGAAGGGAUGGAGCCGAGGAGCAUGGGACUACGGCCCGCGGGAACCUGAGCCCUCACGAAGGCCCACGUGCGUGCCGAGGGGGCAGCUGAGGAGAGCUCAUGAGCCACUCGGGUACCUGGGAAUGGCGUCCAGGGUGACAGCAUGGCCAGUCCAGGGUUCCGGGGACGGCCGCAGUCAGCUUCAGUGUUGUGUCUGGGUGGCCCCUGAGGUGUCCAGGGGAGCCACUGUCCACUCUCAGACACACACGUUGGCGUUCUGUGUACAGGCGGGGUGAGCAAGGGCACUGGUGGCCAGGCCAGGGCGGGCAGGCGGGUGGGCAGUGCAGGCUCUGCCUUGCCUUCCGCGCCAGGUGAGGAGGGGAAGCUGCUGCUGGCCGCUGGGCGGUGCUGUGGUCGGACCCAAGCCUGGAGGAGACCAGCUGGGUGUGGGCUUGAAAAUGGGCUUCGGGGAGUGCGGGAGGAAGUGGGGCGGUUAGGGGACGGCGACCCCAACAGGAGCUGCGGCCGGUGCUGAGGGAGCUCACGUCGGGUGGCUCUGUCCUCUUCUGGAGGUGGCUUCAGGGGCCAGCACGCUGCGGAGGGCCGAGCGAGGGCAAAGCCGACGCUGAGGUUCCCGGGAGCGGGAGAGCUGAGCUCGCACUUCUCCGAGACGGCUGACCGCGAGCCGCUGGGGCCUCACCGGUGUGGCCUGCCUUUCUCUCAGGUGCAAUGGCAGCUGGCACAGGGCGGGGCCGGGCUCAGUGUGGCUGCAGGAGUGGGAUCUGCACUCUGCCCACGAGUCACCGCUGAGCCUGCCCCAGGCACAGGGGCUGCCCGGGCGGUACGACCAGGGCCAGAUGCCUGCCCUGGCGGGGAGCCCCAGGCUCAGGGGACCAGAAUCCUGCAUCGCAGAAGUUGUGCACCUUCUCCGUGUCCCAGAGAUAUUGCUAAACAGGAAGCCUUGGAAACAGCCAGGAGCGGAGCUGGGCGGUGUCCACUCCUGGGCCAGACGGAGAUGAGAGGGGCCCUGCAGACUCUCCUCCAGCAUGGUUUCCCGGGGUGGAGAGUAUGUUAUUUAUUUAAAAUUUUUAUUUAUUAGAAAGGUAGAGUGACAGAGAGACAGGUAGUGACUAGAGGUUUUCCAUCCAGUGGCUCACUCCCCAAAUGGCUGCCACAGCUGGGGCUGGGCCAGGCCAAAACCAGGGGCCAGGAAAUCAACCCUGGUCUCCCACGUGGGUGGAAGGAGCCCAAAUUCUUGGGGCACCUUAUACUGCGUUCCCUGACGCAAUGGCAGGAAGCUGGAUUAGAAGCAGAGCAGCUGGGACUUGACCGAACAUCGGUGUUGCAAGUGGCAGCUUAACCCUCUGCAUCCCGAUGCCGGCCACAGGGGUGGGGGUCUUCAUGGUGUCUCUGGGUCUCACUGUGACCCGGAGGGCUGCUCUCACUGUGCUACAGGGCCGGGCACGCUGGGUUCCACACUGGGUGAGGUCCAGCAAAGAGUUCUGUGGUGUUCAUGGGUUUUGAAUGUCCUGAAACAUUCACAUAAGUUAGGACAAGAAGAAACAAAUAAUUAUUUGCUAGAUCCACUCUGCACUUGACACUUUACAACGCUCCUGUCGGUGUGGCUUACUGUGCGCUUAGUAGUCAUUCGUUUAAAUCCAAGCCACGCUGCACCGAGCCCCACUCAGAAUUCCCUCCAAACGGACGCAGCCUGGGUGCAGGCUGGGAGCAGCCAGUCCCCGCCGGGGGUGCUUGGGGCCGAGUAGCCCAUGCCACAUAAGGGACACAGAUGCUGGCCAGGCAUGGCGUGAAGCCCACUCCCCAGGGCAGGCACCCGGCUGGGGCCCCAGCGGGACCCCAUCUCCGACGUGGCCUCCUUCAAGUAGGAGUCGUGUUUGUUGUACGACCCCGCCCCAGGCUUUGUCACACAAGAACGACUUGCUGGUGACUGCCUUUCAGAAUGCCAUCCAGUUCUGGCCGCGGCUCCGGGACAGGCCAGGUCGAGGUAGUGGGACAGUCGGUGGCACUCGCUGGCCUGCGCAUGACCGUGGCCGAGUGCCAUUUCACUCUGUCAACCCCAUGUGGCUCGUAUGGCCGGGCUAACAGGAAGCUCCGAGGGGGUCCGAGUUCCCUAGCCUGCGAGUCGAUGCCCUCUUUCGUCUUGGUGCCGAGGGGCUGGACAUGAGUGUAGCUGGAGGGGGCGAGGGCCCUUGGGGCUCUGUUGGCACCAGAAAUGCAGCCUUGGCUUAGGCCAGCUGCCACUGCUUUUCAUUUCGAAUAAACCUGCGGAACCUGGAAUGGAACAGCAAGGCCACCAGCCCUUGCCACAAGUGGAAAAUCAGGGUUUCUAGCGGCAGGCGGUGCGGAGGGGUCGGCGGGCGGGGAUGUCCUCCUUCAUUGUCAACGGUCAGCUGGGCAUCAGUGAACCAGAGCAAGGGCAGGAAGGAAGCCAGCCUCCCACCUGCCCGUCUCCCUCGGGAUGAGGCUGCCGUGGGCCGCGCAGAGGACAUAAGUGCAGGCCCCUGCGCCCUGGAGCCUGGCGCGGCCCUGGGCAUCCGGCCACUGCCAAGCCUCUCGCUCUUGCCCCCGGUCAGAGCUGCCUGGGACCCAUGGGCGGCUUCGAAGGCCACCUGUACCCGGGGCUGUCCUUCUUCCUGUACGGGCUCCACCAGGCACGGCUGGUCUCCAGGGCGCUGCUGUGUGACUCCCUGGCCCAGUACCCGCAGCGUGGCACCCAGGGCCGGGGGGCAUGGGCAGGGCUGCGGCGCGCGUGCAGUGUGGGCUCACUGAAGAUUCUGAGUGCCUGCAUCCUCGUGGCCCAGGAGGUGCACAGCAUCCCCAGGCAGUUCGUGCUGCUGACCAGGAUGUACCACGAGCGAAGCUUCAUGUACCGCAAGCAGUGGCAGCACGUCACCCUCUACGCCUCCUUCCUCCUGAGCGGCUGCGUGGACGUGGCCAGCCAGCACCUGCUGCCGCGCAGGUGCGCCGGGCUGGAGCAGGCGGCCCAGGCCCUGAGCAUGUCCAUCUUCCUGCCCCUGAUGCUGUCACACAUGCAGGACACGGAGGGCGUGGAGCUGCGGUCCCACGUGCUGCUCACACAGACCAUGCUCCUGCUCACCCUGGUGCUUACCGCAGAGCUGUGGGCCCCCGACGAGCCGCGGCUGUGGGUGCUGAAGGCCUUCCUGUCCACCGUCACGGGCUCCUGGCUGAUACAGAUGGGCUUCAUGCUGUACAGGCCCAUCUCGGGCUACAAGUGGAUGGACGACGACCAGAGUGACCUCGCCUUCGUCACCACCUCCUUCUGCUGCCACGUGAUCUUGGCGGCCGCCCUCAUGCUCUGGAUCCACGGCUGCUCUUGGGUGUGGUACUGCCACGUCUCUGCCAGCGCCUGGCACCCCAGGGCCCCUGCGGCUCCGGGUGGGUCAGCUGCCUUCCCCGAGUGCCCCACUGGGGGCCCCUGUGGCUCUUCCCGGUUCUGUCUGUGAGCAGCGUGGGGAAGACCCUGAAGGAAUCAGAGUGGCGUCGGCCCCAGGCCUUACCCUCCCCCUGCAGCCCCCCAGGCCUGCGCCUUCGCCUCCACACCGCCCCCCGCCCCGAAUGUUGGAAUAAACAGCUGCCCCCUGCUCUGUCCGCCUGACACUCACCCCCAUCCCGCGCACAGAGCAGCGGCUCACCUGGACCCCAUGUGGCCUGCUUCUUCCCCCACACUGGGCCAGGGAGGGCGAUUGGGGAGUGAUCGCAAACCAGGGGUGGCUGGACGCUUAGCCACAGCUGAGGGUCAAUGGGAGGAACUGGGAGCACUGGAGCUAAAUUACUGGGCACCAAGCCCUGUCCAGCUUCCCUCGCCCAGGCCUGGCUCAGACGCCUCAUUAGGACAGAGCCGGGAGGGUCCUGGGCCGUCAUCACCCUCUCGCUUCCUUUCACCUUCUACCAGUGUGACAGGCCGUCCUGGCCUGUGCUUUGUUGCAAGUUCAUGGUGGCAGGCGAGUUGCUGCUGCCCAGGGCUGUGGCCUCUGCACCUGGGGCUCGGGCAGUCUCGGGUCCUGCAGAGGGGAGGUGCUUGCCUGGCGUUUAGAUGGGGCCCAGGCAGGGCCAGCGUGCAGGGUGCCUGUGCCGUGUCUCCGGCUCCUGCGCCCCUGCCUCGGUGGGGACGUGGGGCAGGCAGCAGCAAUGCUGUCCGCUGGAGGCGGGCGAGGCCCCUGGCAUGGAAGUGAGCCGAGCCUUGGGCACAGUCCAGCAUCCACGCCUCUGCCUAUCUGGGUGUUCCCAGCUGUAGUCUCGGGUGUCAUCUGUUUCCUCCACACAAUCCUGCAGCUCAUCCUCCUCUGGCCCGGCUGGACGCGAGCAUCCUGCUCGCCCCUGCACUCUGUCCGUGUACAAAGCACAACCAGCCGUGUUUCCCUCUGCUCUCCUCUUUGGAUGUUAAGCUGUGUCAUGUGCAAUUUUUAGGCCUGAAAGUUGAUUUUUAUUUUUGCUAUUACAAUCAGACCUCAUCGCAAGGCAAAUCUUUGGCCAAACAAGAGAAGGGAGGCGUGCGUGCGGGUUGAGAGCAAAGCCCGCCAGGGCAUUAAGAUGCCCUCCCCUGCAGAUCCGAGCA